CACUUAUCGAUUGAAACAAACCAUUUGAUGGCUGUCUUUGGAAAGGGGAAGAUAUUGAGUACUUGUUCAAGUGGUGGGGGAAAAAGUCACUCAAAAAAAGGACGUGGAAUUCUGAGUGAUAUUUCUGGUGCAGUUGGAAGUGUUAUAAAUAAAUCCAUUGACUUAUUACCUGUGGAACUCCACAUACCAGGCUACUCGUACUGCGGACCAGGGACAAAAUUAGCUAAAAGAUUAGCAAGAAACGACCCAGGUGUAAAUAAAUUGGACGAAGCUUGCAAGAAGCACGAUAUUGCGUACGCGAACAGCAGCGACACAGCAAGUAGAGCAGUAGCUGAUAGAGAGUUAGCAGAGCGUGCUUGGAGCAGAGUAACAUCUUCAGAUGCAGGUCUAUUGGAAAAAGCAGCGGCAUUAGCUGUAACCAAUAUAAUGAAAGCAAAAUCAACUUUUGGAGGCGGGAUGAGACGGAGAAGAAGAAGAAAGGCAAACAGACCAACAAGUCUACACAGUACGAUAAGGAGAAAACGGAUGAGGGGGAGGGUAGUGUCAGGUUGAGGAAUCUAUUUGAGA